CUUCAGCUGCUUCACCUCCUCGGCAGCCUUCUGGAACGCGGCCUGGGGGGAAGGCGGCAGGGGUGUUUCUCCAUGCCGCUUAGGAGCGAGUGAGCUGAGUGCUGUGCCCUGUGCUGCGCCUCCAAGUCACCAGCCCAUGUGGAACAGCACCAAGAAAACAUCCAUCUCUGCUGUUUAGUAUAAAUCGAGUUUUAUUUUCAGGUCGGUCAGGAUUCGUUCCCAUGUCAGCAGAGAGCUCCACGGUCACGGUUCGCCUGGUGCGCUCCUUCGAGCACCGCAAUUUCCGGCCCGUGGUGUACCACGGCGUGCCCUUGGAGCAGACCGUGCGCGACUUCAUGGCCUUUGUGCGCCGGGAUGUGUCUUCAAGAUCAGGACUUCCUCCUCCUUUUAAAAAUUACAAGUAUGAUACAAUGAAGAUUAUUCACCAAGCACACAAAUCUAAGACUGGUGAGCUUGUAGUGAGUUUGGAAGAUGAUGACAAACUGAUUUUGAAGGAAGACAGCACGCUGAAAGCAGCUGGAGUAGAAAAUGAGACGGAAUUAGCAUUCUUCUGUGGGGAAGAUUACAGAAACUACAGAACUAAUCCUGUUUCGGCCUGGUGAAGAUCCCAAGAGAUUGUUUUGUUUUCCCAUACCUGUUGUAAAUUUUCCUUAUUCUGCUUAAUGAGAUUUUUCUUAAAGAUCAAUAAAUCCUAGAGGAUUUCUUUGCAAA